AAUAUUCAUUAUAGAUUGUAUCAUAUUUACUGGGAGUCCAAUUUUGUCUUUUUAUCGCAUUCAACCAGGCUAUCAAUCGAUACUUAUCUUUGAAAGAAAAGCUGCAAUAUUUCAUAUGAAAGUUUUAAUUGAUAAAUAUAUGUUAUUAUAUAAAACAUAGCCAUGUUAGCAGUCUGGGUAUAAUAAUAGAAUAUGGUGUUUACAAAAAGAUCUCGAUAGCAUAUCUUAGUGAUAUCGAUCACAGGGCGGGGGCAACAAAAAACGCUCAAAUUACGAGAGAAUACUUUUUUUAAUCGGAACGGAAUUGUCUUCUGGACGGGCUACGAGAAAUUUCAGGUUAAAAAAAUUUAAAUAAAAGUGAAAGAAGAAGAUUAUCGUGCAUAGACAGAAUAUGUUCCUGUCAGCUGUAGAUCUGUACGAUGCGCCACCGGCAUGGUGGGAAACGGAUUGCGUGAAAUACGGGCUCAGUUACAUCCCCGUAAGAUCGCGAUUAACGACGCUGAUGGGAAGUCACGUAGUACGAUUAACGGAUCGUAAGUACAUGACGCAACUGGCGUCGAAGCUGCAGGAAGAUUACGAGACGCGGCAGAAGAUUCGCAUCGAACGAAGAAAAUUGAAGGCCAUUUCAAUCGUACCGAAACUGCGUGAAUUACCGCCCGGUUUAUUGCCGAGGAAGAUAACCCGGCGACGUCAUCAAUGCACGCCAAAGUUUCACGCCGAGGCGGCUAAAAAGUGUAAACAACUUCCAGGACUGUUACUCGCGGACGAUUUGCAGCCUCAUAAGCCUCUGAGCAUGUGACGAUCUAAUAGCGUAUGUGAAACCUGCAAAAGCAUUUCAAGAACUCAUGAAUAAUAUAUCCCUUGUAAUAUCGGCAAAAUGCGAUUUUGCUUUUCUCUAUACGCACGACAGUGAGAAUAAAAUGAGAAACGAGAUAGCUUGACUAACUGGAAAUCAACUUACUCGCGCACAGGAUGUUCCACAUGCGAUUCUAAUCUGUGAGGACUAUACAAUUAUACCUCGCGGGCACCUUUCACAUUUGUGCAUAAAACGGAAGAUGAAGAAAGGUGAAACUAACAUUAUCGGAUGAUUAGGCCUCGGCGCAACAGAGCGCAGGAAUCGAAUUUCGUUCGAAAAAAGCACAGGAUACGACUAUAUCGUACAAAAAAAAAAAAAA